AUGGACGCUGAACAUAACACUCUUGGCAGCUUUGUCGAGGCGUUCAGGCAGGUUGUUAUCGCUAAGAUAGCUUGCGUACCCACCGAUGCUUCCGACGACACUACCAAGACUAUCAUGGGCGAGAUCACGGAAGAAAUCAACACCAACGACCUCAAGCAUCGCAUUGUCGUCGAAGUCAUCUACUCCAAGGCUAUGCUAGACUCUGCUUGGUGCACGACCGCUAUCAAGUUACUCGCACGCCUCUGCGAUAUCACUUCACCGAACAUCAACAACCCGAACAAGGAGGCAUGCCCCGUCCUGACACCAACAUGCCGACACAUUGUUCGCUUCCUACCACGGCGACUUUGCAGUACAGACACGCCGGCUCUCAGGCUUGAUCCCGCCACCAAGAUCGAUAUUAUGGCGAAGAUGAUAACAUCGGAACAUCUUUUUGUGGAAACAAACUUCGACUUGCUCAUCCACUUCAUCUACACAGUUGGACCAAAUAUCGAUAUGUCGGAGCAGUGGGGUCCAGAACUGGACGUGGUCCUGCAGUCGCUCCAAGAUGGGGUCUCUGAGUAG